GGAUUUCCAGUUUCCUGACGUUGCCUAAAAUAGCCCGGCUGCUCCCCGCCGCUAUGGCUAAUUCCUUAGGAACCGGUGGAUCCAGUUUGAUCCAUCCCUCUCUUUAUUUCCCUUCCACAAACUUGUUGAGUCCUCACCCCUCGGUGUUCCUACUGUAAAAGCAGCAGAAGAAGAAGAGACGCGAUGGUGUAAUGUUCAGCUCGUCGUUGUGCGACUUCCGAAGACAAUGUCGUUAGUCGGGAUCACGCAGGUGUAGGGCUCCACGGUGUCGCUUUUCUUUUUUUUUUCCCGUAUUUUUUUUUUUUAGGUGGAGAACUGGCCGGGACGCCUGUAGGGAACUGGAGAUGCGCUCCUCUUUACCUGCGCGUUUCUUAGUACGCUCCGAUGAAUGAUCGGAUCCUCCUGUCGUUGGAGUGUUAUUGAAACGAGCGACCAGCGGACCGAACGGUUCAUUGAGACUUGAUUUUCUGUUGCAUUCAGAAGGAAGGUGGAGACAUCUCGCCAGCCCUCCCUCGUCCUUCACUGAAAUCACUAACUCGUUUGGCACAGGGGAGACGUUCGAAGUACUCCCGAAGCACUGGAAAUGGAGGCUGCCCAUGGUUUUUGUGAUAGUAACGGCCAAUGCUCUCCCGGUAAGGAGAACUCAAGAAUGUUGGCGGAUGCGUCAACACCCAACGGACAGACAAUACCUCAGGUUCCUAAUUCCUGCAGUGAACUGAAAAUUAAAGAGGAGGAAGAGACCGCGGAGGAGACGGAGAAGAGAAGCCCAGCAGGCCCAACAGAAGAAGAGGAGGGAGGAGCACUGGAGGAAUCCAUGACUGACAGCCCGAGCGAUACACAGGAUGGAUUAUCGGAGCCCAACGUGACAUCGGAUUUAGGAAGUCAACAAACACACGGUGACAGGCCGUUCCAGUGCAACCAGUGUGGCGUCUCAUUCACCCAGAAGGGAAACCUGCUAAGACACAUCAAGCUGCAUACAGGUGAAAAACCCUUCAAAUGCCCGUUCUGCAGCUACGCCUGCCGGCGGCGCGAUGCCCUCAGCGGGCAUUUGCGCACUCAUGCUGUUGGCAAACCGCACAAGUGCAACUUCUGUGGGCGGAGCUACAAACAGCGCACUUCUCUGGAGGAGCAUAAAGAGCGCUGCCAUAGUUACCUGCAGGGUAUCGCCGUGGAUCUGAAUGCCAACACUGGCCGUUACGCAGGUGAGGUCCCUAAAGACCCGAGGCCUAUGGCGGAGCCCAGCACCAUGGCCACCUACGAUCGGCCACCUGUCAUUGAAAGACUGCACAGCAACGUGGGCAAGAGGAAAAGUACCACUCCUCAGAAAUUUGUGGGUGAAAAGAUGGUUCGCUACGGCUACCCCGAACAAUGCUUUGAGAUGGGCCUUAAGUAUGAGAAGCAGGCCGAAAUGAUGUCGGCCCACAUGAUGGACCAGGCCAUCAGCAAUGCCAUCACAUACCUGGGAUCGGACACUCUUCGGCCCAUGCUCCACCAUCCAGGCCCCCCUCUCUCUAUGGCUGAAAUGGUGCCCCGGGUGAACCCCCUCUUCCACCACGUCCUGCCGUCGGGCCAACGGACGGAUCACCCAGGAAACUGUGACGCGCUGAAACCGCAGCGCCUUCCGCCCCACAACUUCGCCAGCCACCCCGCCGCCAACGGCCCAACCGCUGCUUCGGCCGUGCCGGUCAUGCGCCACCACCCGGGGCAAGAAGAAUCCCCCAACAACAGCGGAGUUGACUCCGCUGACUCGGACCGCAGCAGCCCCCGCGAGCGUCGGGCGCACCGCGGGGGGAGCAACCCCGCCCCCGGCCUCAGGUCUCGGGCCAGCCCGGCGGUGAGCUAUUCAGGUGAGCGAGUGGCAGACGUGUCGCCCAGAAGUGGGGCGGCCGUGGGGGCUGGGAUGACGCGAGCGGUCGCAGAGAGGCCCCUGAGCCAGGACGGGGUGCGGGUGUUUGGACGAGAGGGCCAGGAGCUGCGGGCCUACCAGUGCGAGCACUGCCGGGUGCUCUUCCUGGACCACGUCAUGUACACCAUCCACAUGGGUUGCCACGGAUACAGAGAUCCACUGGAGUGCAACAUCUGCGGUCACCGCAGCAAAGACAGCUAUGAAUUCUCGUCUCACAUAGUCCGCGGGGAACACACCAUCAAGUAAACGGAUGGGUAGGGAUAUUAGGGAAAGACAAAAAAAAAAAAAAAACUCCUUAACCCCUCAGGCAUCUGAGACUGCACAGUUGAAGGGCACUAGAGAAAAGUGUAGCACAAUCAUAGCAUAUAAAAUAACUUUAAACCAAUUAUGUGAAUCCGAACAGGUGAACAAUUAUAUGAAGGUACGGGCCAAAGACACAAUUUCUACAUGUGUAAUUGAGAUUAAAUAAAGCAGAAGUUGUGUUUUAUUUAUUUUUCUUGCAAAAUGUUAUGAAUUUGUUUAACAGAGCAGCUGAACAUCUUGAGCUAGUUUUUCAUUUUAGUCUCCGGUUGUGCUUGUCCUGUCAUCGUGCUUUUGUUACAGAGUAAUGUUUAAGAAUAGUGCAUACAAAUGCAGCAAAACCAAAUGGAAUGUCAUACUGUACCGCGGGCACAGGUAAAGACUUCAGAUAAUGUCAAAGUUAAUUAAAUGAUAGAUUUUAUGAUUUCUGUCAUGGACGUUAUAACGGCAUUGCAUGGAACUGGCCCACGUACGGUUGCAUAUCACACAGGAUACAUUAAGUAUCUUUUUCUUUCUGUUGUAUUAUUUUGCCAUGGCCCCUUAUUGUUGUAUUAGCUUUGAAAAAUGUUGUCAUGGUCAAGUAGUACUGUGUGUUGCAAGAAACUCAAAUGUCCAAUCGGUCUCUGAUUGUAUCUCCCUGCAGCUCAAGAGUUCCAUUAUCUUCACAAUUCAGUGUGCUUUAGUUUGGCUUUGUAUAUUGGCAUAGUUUUAAAAUGAUUACCAUGGAUUUUGAGGAAAAUGCAAAUUACUUUAGACUUUACAAUGGGCCCCAAAAAAUGGAUGAACAACAAAAACAUUUAGGGGAGACGUGUUCUCAUUCAUCUUCUGUAAAUAUAUUUUAAGAGAUCUUUGAAGCUAUGAAUCAAUGAAGAGAAGGUUAAUACAGGUGUUUUGGAUGUGUCAGUAAUCAAAAAUACAAAAAAAGAUCUACAUAUGCAUACCCCAAAUUACGCAUGGUGGCAUAAAUUAAUCUUCCAAUCUAAAACUAACAAAUGUAAAAUGUUACAGAAUCCAUUUAAAACAAUGUUCCUAUUAAUGCCUAAUUUGUGACGCAGAUGGAGUUUAAAACAAAAUUUGACAACAUUCAUACGCUAAUAUUAACACUAAAAAAGGUUACAUAGCCUGCUGAUAAUAUGAAGUUAUCUCUUUGUAAAAUGUUGUCUUGGCUCGACUCGAGUAGUAGACUCUUUAUCCUUGACAGCAAUGCUAGAGGAGCUAGCUAACUAGCCUCCAAACCUCCCACAAAAUGCUAUCUAGGUUUAUCAGUUGCUUAUUGUUACCUUACACCCCCCAUGGUUUUUAUUUAUUUGGGGCUGGUAGAGCACUUCCACACCGCUACUACCACAGAGAGAAGACCACACACUUCCUGUGUCUAAAUUGUAUGUAUUUAAAUAUGUCAACUAUUUUAAAUGGCCACAAAUGUAAUCAAACCCGCAUGAAGAUUUUACCAUUUUCAAACAUAUAAGGGGGGGAGGGACCACUAACACUCAUGUAUAUGCACUGGAAGCAUUUCCAAUUAAUUCCUUUGAUUAAAAUAAUCAAAUAUACACAUACAACGAUUUAAAAAUAUUCAUGACAAUCUCAUGAAACUUCUUUCUUUGUUUAUAUUUAGGCUUCAGAUUUAGAAUCCGCCUUGGGGCAGUUUGCACUUGCAAUGUCUAAUUGUAAGUGGAUUGAAAGGUGUAUUAAUUAUGAAGCUAAACGAAGGAGAACAUGAAGGAUACACUCCAGCGAGUUUCACGCAAAUGACGGCCAUUUAUGUUUCCCUGACUGCUUAUAUACAACAUGAUUAGUUUCUUGCAGUUUAAGAACAUGGUUAGAUUCCUAGUUUUAGAGGACUCAUUCAUUGACGGAGGGGUAGCAGCGGUUUUCAUCUAAUGACUCAAAAUGAUGCUUCAUGGCAACGGAUACCAAAGAGAUGAAGGAGGUUAAAAAUACUUUUAUUACUUAUGUUAAAGAUCUUUUUGAUUUCAUCCAAUUUGUGCUAUUGGAUGGUUGUGUGUAUGUAUAUAUAAUUAUUAUGCUUUUUGGGGCAGUUAGGUUCAUAUAGGAUGUGCAUUGCUAGAUGGUUAUAGGUUCUUAUUCAAUGAAAGCUUUCAUCCUGUAUGUGUGUCAUGACAAAGACAGCGCAACAUCUACAGGCUUUGCCCAUUGCACCAUUGACAUUUGACCUCCUAUUACAUUUUAACGCCUAAAACGUACUAUUUAACAUACUAGAAAAGGGAAAAAAAGAGAAAUUCCCGAUGUGCAUGGGAAUUUGUUAUGCAGAUUUCUUUCUCAAGUCUUUUUAGCGUCAUAUGUAACCUUUUUGAAGUGAGCUUUGAGGAAAAGGGAGUGUGGUUAACAUACAGCAUUUAGUUUGAAGGCACCUCCCAAAACUGUAGCAUUCCACUGUAAGCCUUCUGUGACAUAGAAAAGCACGCGUAGGAACAAUGUAAAGGGCGAUGCAGAGAUUAGAAACUAUCCAGCUCCAAAUCCCUUGUUCAUCUACAGUGUGUCGAAGGACAACGCGCUUCGAUCGGUGCAGCCGGCUGCAGCUCUUGCGUAGUUACAGUACUGUCUCGCCCUGUGAAAGGUCACAGAUAAGACUUUCCACAGUUGGCCUGGCUCUUCAUGUCCAUGUCCUGACUUUAAAAAAAAAAACAAUGUUGUUUUUGUGCUCUUUUACAUUUUAUGUUUGGAUGGAAAUGGCAGCGACCGUCUACAGAGCGCGUGUUGAGCUUUUAUCUGAGAAUACUCUCGUAGACGCUCAUGGCAAAGUGUGUCCCUGCUGUCUGCUGCACAUUCUCAUUCUGUAACUAUACUCCCAUGACGCCUGAAAGGACAAGUGUCUCACUAGCAUUAGAAACAGCUGAUUAUUCUGAAAGGUUAAUCUCAGUGACGUUUGAUAUCGACUUGUGAUCAAAAGGCAGCUUUUUCUCCGUUUACACGCCGCUUCUAUUAUGCACAACUGUUGCUCAGCUGGAACAAGAUCCUCUACUGUCUGUAAAGUAUUGGGCCUGGAAAUUGUUCACACCUCACAGCUCUUACGAUCACUCUCCAUAUACGUAUUCCUUGGAUAGAACUAUAACAUUCCUGUAUGAUUUGAAGCCUUAAAUGUCCCUCUCAAGCAGCAUAUCCUUUUUGAAAAUCCCAUGAUCAAAUAGAUAAUAGAUGUUAACCUGAUUUACUUCCUUAAUCCUUUUCAGAAGAAUAAAAACAAACCAACUAGAACUAAUUACACGUGGUACUGGAUAUAAUCGAUAACAGGAUGUUAUCUUUUCUCCAGACUAUAUUUGGUAAGACAUUGAGGCACAGAAGUAUAUAUUUCUUGUUUUCGUAGUAAUGUAACAAGGACAGCCUUACGUAAUAUUUAAAUGAAGCAGCCAUAUGAACUUUAAAAGUAAGAAUAGUGGUCUUCUGUCAGCCCGCCUUGUGAGUGAGGAGUUUACUUGAAAAUCAGAAUCAUUGCUCUUGUUUGGAUCCGGGUUGUUUUUGUAAAUUUUGAAAAUGUGUGUGUGCAAAGUGUCUAUUUUUCUGCUGAACUGUCAAUGCAAAUAGUAUUGUGAUCUUUUUGUGUGUGUGUGUUUUUUAAGUUUAAAAAUGUUUACAAACAUGUAAAGAAAGGGUUCAGGUGAAUUGUGUUUUAUAAGAAAUAAUAUAUGAAAGGAGUAUAUUUCGGCACUGAUUACUGAAUUUAUCCAGAAACAUGUGCCGAUUAAUUGUCUCUGGUAUGGAUAACACAUAUUUGAUAAGAGGGCUCUCAGGUAUUUGCAUAGGUUGUGUAUUUUUAUGUCCUAAAAUAUGUGAUUUUAUUUAUCAAAAGAUGCGCAGUAAUUUGAAAUUGUUGGUCAACCCUCAUGACUUAAAUCAGAAGUUCGAUGAUUCAACAUCAAUGACGUAACAUGAAGACACAUUGCUGUGAAGAAUGUAUAUUUUUAAGGCAUGGGUUUCUCUCUAUUAAAAGAUGUGGUUUUACUG